ACAAAAGGUCGGCGAUUUCUCUUCCGACUCUGUUUCUCGGGCAGUCAAAUUAAACCGCAAUGCGUUCAUAUUAGCUGAAAAUUCUCGUUUUAAUGUGAAAUAUUAUUAUGCUUUGAAAUUAAUUUCUGGCUUAAUUUUUUUUUGCGCUAUGUUUUAAAUUCAAAUAUGUUUCCGAUCGAGCUCAACAAUGGAUGAUAGUUGAAGCUUUGGCGAGGAUUUCUUCGUUUCUAGCACCUGGUGAAAGCUGGGGAGCAUGGAGUUGGUAACUGAAGAUUAACAGGAGUUAUAUUUUCUAGUGGGAAGUGUCUAGAUGAAUGUUGAUAGCAACGGUGACGAAGAGUUAAGAGAACUGAAUCAUCAGCUAUAUGAUGGUAACAAGAUAACUUCAAAUGUUGUUGUGGCUGAGGAACAUGUGACACUGGAACGAGAUGACCUGAAAGUUAACAAGACCACAGAAAAUGUAAAAGAUGGUCAUUUGGAGGCUAUUUGGGGCCUUCAGUCCCCUGCUGUGGUGCCAAUACCACAGCAACAGCCUCAAAAUGCAAUGUGUUGCUGGGAGAGGUUUUUGCAUGUAAGAACGGUUACUGUUCUGCUAGUAGAAAAUGAUGAUUGUACUCGUCAUGUUGUCACCGCUCUUCUGCGCAAUUGUAGUUAUGAAGUUAUUGAAGCUUCAAAUGGAUUACAAGCCUGGAAGAUACUAGAAGAUUUGACCAAUCAUAUUGAUCUUGUGUUGACUGAGGUGGUUAUCCCUGGUUUACCUGGCAUUGUUCUUUUGAACAAGAUUGUGAACCACAAAACACGUAAAAACAUUCCCGUUAUCAUGAUGUCAUCUCAUGAUUCAGUGAAGGUAGUCUUUAAGUGUUUGUCAAAAGGUGCUGUUGACUUUUUAGUGAAGCCCAUUCGAAAGAAUGAGCUUAAGAACCUUUGGCAGCAUGUUUGGAGGAGAUACCAUUGCUUUAGUGGUAGUGGAAGUGAGAGUGGAACACAAACUCAAAAAUCUGUGAAAUCAAAAAAUGUUGAGAAAUCUGAUAACUCUGGCAGCAAUGAUGAGGACGAUAACAGGAGUAUUUAUCUAAAUGUUGGGGAUGGCAGUGAUGAUGGGAGUGGUACUCAGAGUUCUUGGACAAAGCAAGCGGCAGAAGUUGAUAGCCCCCGUCCAGUCUCACACUGGGAUCGAGUUGCUGAGUGUCCUGAUAGUACAUGUGUCCAAGUUAUCCAUUCCAAUGCAGAAGUAUCUGGGACCAUAAGGGUGCCAAUGACUGCAGCAAGGGAGUGCCAAGAACGAGAUGAACAGCUUGAUAAUGUUGCAAUAGGUAAAGACCUGGAGAUGGGCAUGCUGAGGAAUGUAGAUUUACAACUAAAUAGCGCAGCUGAGGUCCCAAUCAAAACAAUUGGAACCAAUCAAUUUAACGUAAUUGAGGUGGGUUCCAGUAAAUUUAAUGAACAGGUUGAUAAAAGGAGGCUGGACCUUAAUUGUGAAAGUCCAUCUUGCAUACUGAUGUCUGAAGAUGCUGCUCAAAACGGCAUCACCUCCAAGACUACUAAUCUGGAGAAGGAAACUGCAGAGUAUGAGGCUUCAAACAAACUUUCCAAGAUCUCAGAUAGCAAUGAUAAAACCGUCAAUGAUUCCAAGGAACUAUCAUCUAUUGAUCUCGGCUUGAAGAGACUUAGAGGAGUUAAAGAUGAUGGGAAUGUGGUUAGAGAUGAGCGAAAUGUUUUGAGACGUUCAGACUCUUCUGCCUUCUCAAGGUAUAACACAUCACCAAAUGCAAAUAAGGUUCCUGUUGUCAACAUUGGAAGAAUCUCAUCUGCACUUGAUAAUAAUUUAGAACUGAUAGGAAAAGAAUCAGUUUGCAAUGUUCGAUCUCAUUUGGCUAGUGAAUGUCCAAAUCAAUGCUCAAAUGUUGGUAGUGAUAACAUUGAUAUGGGCUCCACAACUAAUAAUGCUUUUGCCAAGCCAGCUGUUUUGAAGAACAAGUCAGCUGCAUCAUCCAGAGUUGGAUCUUCACAUCCAUCCUCUACUUUCCAGCAUAUGAAAAAUGAUGUUACGAGUGCUACUCAGAAAGUUGCGUUAGGCAGGGUUGUCAGUGCAACUACUAAAUCAGGAGUAGCUCAAUCUAGCGACCAAGAGCUCCAAAUGGAUCAUCCCCCAGACCAUUAUGAUCACCAUGACCAUCUUACCCACAGUAGGCAACAGCAGGAACAGCCAUCCGAACAUGAUGAUUUAUCUUUGAAAAAAAUGGCUGCAUAUGCUCCUCAUUGUGGGUCGUCCAAUGUGUUGGGUGGACCUGUUGAAGGAAAUGCUGCCAACUACGGUGUCAAUGGAAGUUGCUCAGGUAGUAACCAUGGAAGCAAUGGGCCAAAUGGAAGUAGCAUAGCAGUCCAUACUCUAGGCACAAACAUGGAAAGUGCCAAUGGAAUAGAUGGGAAAAGCGGAAGUGGUGAUGCUAGUGGGAGUGGGAAUGGGAGUAAGGCAGACCAGAGCAAGUCUGCUCAUAGGGAAGCUGCCUUGACCAAAUUUCGUCAGAAGAGGAAAGAAAGAUGCUUCCGGAAAAAGGUUCGGUACCAAAGCAGGAAGCAACUAGCAGAACAACGACCUCGCAGCAUCCGAGGCCAAUUCGUACGGCAAACAGUGAACAAAAAUGAUCCAGCAUCCGAAGGUAAUUCAUGAGACGAAUAGUGAUCAGGAACACAAGCAGAGCAAGAGAACAAAUUUAACCCCCUUGCUGAAUAUUUGGUCCACUCAUUAUGGGAAGACCUUAGUGUAGACUAUUGGAUGAUGUUGACUUGAUGAAUUGCAUUCCAUCGCUGUAAACCUUUGUUUUUCUCUCCUUCAAUGUACUUAACUUGUGCAUUAGUCAUUAGGGGAACUGCAGAAGACUUCUUAAAUAAGACCCCAUUUCAUUUUGUGUGCUGGAUUCACGAACAUCAUUGAACAAUUGGGUGCUUUCAAAAACUUUU